AUGGUUUCGUAUUCAGUCCACAAAAGCCCUCCCUCGCCGAACCGCCUCCCGCAACUUGCAGAUCAAGACCAUCUCCCGCCGCUGCAACAGUCCCCCCGACCAACUCGCCAGUCUAAACGAGAUGUCCCGCCAGAUGCCUCGGUUGAGAUCCCAGACAUCUCCCAACGCUUCCAACCCUUGGGUCGACCGCAACAACCGCCGCAGAAGCCGCCUCCUUGCCGAGUGGAAUUGCUCGAGGCAGUGCAGUCCACCGUCGGUUACGACAUACGCCCCUCCCGUGGUGGCCUUCCCCACCGGUACCUCCCCGGCAUUCCCUCUCGACGAGAUCUCUUUUUCGCAAACUUCGAGAUCUUCGUCUGCGACGGAGCAGCGUUAGACAGCAUGGGUGACCCGCGCUAUUUGGAAGUUGCACCGAAGCUGCCUUCGGGGGCCGAGCCGAGGGCUGAGGGAACCAUGGUCCACUUCUGGAAUAAACACCUGGACAAGAACUUUGUCAAGCGGUUUAAGGGGAGGUUUGAGGGUCUCUGUGCUCGCCCGCGACCAGUGUACAUACCGGCACGCAAUGCACAUCCCCUGGGAUGCUUCGUCAACGAAACGGUCUGCCAGCCCGCCAAGCUUGCAGCCCUCUUUGUCGCGAUGUAUGGGCAAGUCAACACGGACAUGUGCACCUUCUGCAUCGAAGCCUCCAUGGAUACCACAAACCCCGCCUCGGAUCAUCUGCCGCCACCAUUCCACACCUGUAUCUCGUUGCCCGGCAUCACCUCUGGCUGCUGUGCCAAUUGCUACUACCGUCAGUAUCAUGGCUGCACCUCGUCCGCUUCGUCAUCCAACGUCGCAAACCCGUGGGACCCCAUCGUAGAGCUGCCUGCCCCCCCGGCCCCUGACUCCUGUCCCCGGGUUAUCGACAUCUCCAGCGCACUUGAUUGGCGUCUGAAUGGCGAGCCCGAACCCGAACCCGAGUUAGAUCUCGAGUGGGAAGGUAGUGAUUGUUGA